AUGGGCCCCGUGCAGACGUCGCCGUCCGGGUACUGUCAAUAACGGUGCACACCUGCGGUAAUACGCAGAGCGAUUAUUGUAUACCGUAACGAUAAACGUUAGGGCACGCACAUCGUAUAACGCGGACGACGACACUGUGCGACGGUGCGAAUAUGACUCGGAAAGUGAGAACUUUCGAAAACGAAAUACGGCCAAUGGUGCGAAGGGGCUGAGAAGAAACCGCCAGGGGUUAUGGAAUAGAAAUCGGAAAAAAAAGAGACCCCGGCGCAGACCCGGGAACAGUCGGCUAGACCCGUAUAGUAGACGAGGAACUAAGAGUUCCGCAAGUGCAAGAAUAGAAAGAGAUUAUUGGGGAUCGGCAGAAAUGGAAGGACGUUAUAAUGGCGACGAUGAGUUUAAUAGAUUUAUAAAUGCCAGUGAAUAA